GAACGAUUUGGGAGUCGUACUCGUGGUUGAUAAGGGGACUUCAGUCAUCUAUUCUACUUCUUACAGUCAAAUCAAAACAAAAAUAUCAUACAAGACAUUUUACAUUUACAAUUGAUAGAGACAUCAUACCAGCAAGACCAUUUUUGACUCAAGCGACCCAAAAACAGGAAAGGAUUCCCGAAGAUUCUCUUCGUUACAGGUUUUGACGUUUAUUGUCAUACAACAACUUCCAAACGGAUUUUUCUUGGCAUAUAUUGUCAUACAACAACUUCCAAACGGAUUUUUCUUGGCAUAUAUUGUCAUACAACAACUUCUACACGGAUUUUUCUUGGCAUAUAUUGUCAUACAACAACUUCUACACGGAUUCUUCUUGGCAUAUACAGUGUCAUAAGAUUUUCAAGAAGAAGUUCCUAGCUCGAGUCGUUAGCUUGAUAUCAAUCAAGGAUCAUUAUUUAUAUCGUCAACAUCGAUCAACAGUCGGUUGGCUGAGUCAUAUUUUCUUCCUUCGAGUCUGUCAAAUCACUUGACCUCCACACGAAUUUUUGACAUUUAUUGUAAGUAAAAGAAACAACAAAAAAGAUGGGACGCUCUCAACGGCAACGCACCCAACGCGAACGCCGCUCGUGCGCGUCGCGCGCCGCCACCACGGCUGCUACCGCUGGUGUGCUAACUGUGUCCGCCGUUUCGUUCACGACUCCGUCUAUUGGAGGGGAGGCAACACAAGAUGCUAAUGGUCAUGGUGCAGGUGUUGCAGGUGGACCAUCUGGCUCUGGAGCUUCCUCUUCCAGCACUCAGGCUGCUUCUGCUGUUCCUGAUGUUUCCACCCAGCCCAACAAACUACCUGGACAUGCCGCUGGAACUUUCUGUGGCCAAGCCUGUCUUGGUGAUGGCGGCAAUGACGAAGAAGCCGAAAAGGCCAAGCAGAAAUUGGAGGCGAAGGACAAGGAGAUUGCUGAGCUCACAGGCAAGCUGCGUGAUGCGACCGACACGGUUGGCGGGCUCGGGGAAAGGCUGAGUGCUGCACAAGAUGCCGAACGCGCGGCGCAGGACCAGGUUGCAGCGAAGGCGGUCGAGGUUGCAACUCUCGAGAACGACCUGGCUGCUGCCCUCAAGAAGCACACAGCUGAGAUACAAUCAAUCGAAGCCGAAUUGAAGAAAAGUAACGAAAUGGCAGAAGCAGAAACACGAAAACUGAAGGUGCACCUCUACGCCCAAACCAGGGAGUAUUUGGGAUACUUGAAAUCGCAUUAUCAGCAACUCGUAUGGUCUCAUCCGCAUUGUGCCCAGCUCCACAGAGACGCACGACACGAAGCAUUUCAAAAAGCAGAAACCGAGUGCCACAAUCUCCCAGCGACGCUUCGCGCUAACGUGGAAAAGCAGCGGGAGCUUGAAGGUCUCAUGUCGUCUUUGAAUAAGGAGCGCCACCCUCAAGUGGUAGAAGAUCGUUCCUAG